CUCAGGCAUAGGUGGGGAAGCCUGGCGGCAGCGUCCACAUGCUCCAGGACCCCACGAUGUCCAUGCUUGCUGAACCUCGUCGAAGGCAGAAGUGGUCUGUGGACCCGAGGAACAGUGCAUGGAGCAAAGAUGAGUCCAAGUUCGGCCAGAAGAUGCUGGAGCGAAUGGGCUGGUCCAAGGGAAAGGGUCUUGGAAAAACUGGGCAGGGUGCUACAGACCACAUCAAGGUUAAAGUGAAAAACAACAGUUUGGGUUUAGGUGCCGCAGUCUACAAUGAGGAUAACUGGAUUGCCCAUCAGGAUGAUUUUAAUCAGCUUCUUGCUGACCUCAACAACUGCCACGGUCAGAACAGCACUGAAGAAGUCACCCAGGAACAAAAACAAGGUUUUAGUUUGGAGGAGAAAUCAAAGACCUCCAGAAAACGGGUCCAUUACAUGAAAUUCACUAAAGGGAAGGACCUGUCCAAUCGCAGUGAGACGGACCUUGCUUGCAUCUUUGGGAAAAGAUCAAAAAAGACCAGAGAUCAGGAUGAGGAAAGCAGUGGUCCUGAAUCUCAAGAGGAGAAGGAACAAAACAGUGAAGAUGACAAAGAGCAGCCUUCCAACUCAGAGCUGGAGCUCAACACUGUGACAAGCACUCUGACCAUGCAGGAAUACUUUGCACAGCGGAUGGCUCAGUUAAAAAAAGGCCUGUCUGCCUCCUCCUCUCCAGCAGCCAGCAGCAACACGCAGUCUCCAUCAGCCCCAUCCACAUCCAUCGAGGACUCUCCCAACACCAGCGACGUGGAGCAGAGUAGGAAAAAGAAGAAAAAGAAGAGAAAGCAUGACCGACAGGAGGAUGAGGAAAAGGUAGAGGAAGCUGAGGAGCCCCAGUUGAAAGAGGAGGUUGUUGACACAGAGCAGGAUCCUUCGGAGAGGAAGAAGAAAAAGAAGAAAAGGAAACGAGAAGCUAAAGAAGAGGAUACAACGGAGGAGUGUACUGUCUCUACAGCAAUAGACGACUCAGCUGGCGAUGUAGCGGACCAAGCUGUGAACAAGAAGAAAAAGAAGAAGCAGAAAAACAAAGAUGAUCCUUCUCAAACACAUACAGAGUCAGUGAAUGAACAUGAUUCAACAGAAAACGUAAUGGACAUAGAGAUUUCUGAUAAAAAGAAGAAGAGAAGACAGAGAGAAAAUUUAGAACAGUUGGAGAAGCAGCCAGAAGUCAUAGUUGAGGGAAAGAAAUCCAAAAAGGCCAAGAAAAAGAGAAAAACUGAUAAUUAAGGCAUUACACAGAUCAGAUUUUUUGCGUCUAUAUGAAUUUCAAGCAGACGCUCAGGACUCUAAAUAUAAGCAUCUGUAAUGCUCACACUUUUCCUCUGUACUGUACUUUGUAUUGUACUCUUUAUUAGAAAUCCAUAUGGACUUUGUACCAUCAAUAAAGAUUUCUAAUAAAAAAGUUCCUCAAAA